AUGUCCUACCGUGAUUUGACAUCCAAUUCUUCGGAUUCUCACGAUGAUGAGGUAAAUAACAUAGAAUUUAACAAUCCAUUCGAAGCUGAAUUUGCCGCAAUAGGUUCGAUUGAAUUUAGCGAACCGUCGCAAAUAUCAUCCCUGGAAGAAGUCCCUUUAGGUGCUCGAAAUUUCAGUGUUGGAAGUGACGGUUUCCAAUUUAUAAACAAAUUACGUAGUUCGGUUUCAUCAGAAGAGAACCAUCAUAUUUCUCAAAAAGUUCUAGACAAUUAUAGAUAUAAUUCUAAAAAGUACAUGCCGGUGCUGCAACCUUUGAAUUUUGAUAGAUACCCUUCAAUGGCAGGAACAAGUCGAGUUUCAACAGGGACAAUCCCUAUGGCGCAUUACUAUCGACAUUCAAUAGGAAGUACAACCACCAAGUCCAGCUCCAAUUCAAGUCCAAAGUCAAGAUCACUUACAAAUUCAAGUUCCCAGAUAUCGUUGGACUGGAACCCAUUUGGAGGAUACCCUGCAAGCUCGUUUCCUUUAAAUAUAGAUGAGAAAGAACCAGACGAUUACUUGCAUAACCCCGACCCCAUUCAUGAUAUUAUUUAUGACAAGAAUAGAUUUUGGAAUGAUUUGAAAAAUGCAGACAGGAAAACAUAUGUUGGAAUAUUUGGAUUUGUAAUAUUGCUACUAUUAGCCGCGGGCUUAUUUAUAGUUUUACCAGUAUUAACAUUUGCCAAUGUUGAACUGCCUGCUCCAAAAAUCGUAUAUGAUUAUUAUCCGCUCUUAAGUGCCUAUUCAUUUCCCGCACUACUGGCUAUACGAACCGACCUUAUAGAUCCAGAUACACCUGAAGAAGCAUUGACAAUGGUAGCCAGAGAUAAUUCAACCUGGGUUUUAGUGUUCAGCGACGAGUUUAACGCUGAAGGAAGGACGUUCUAUCCUGGAGAUGACCAGUUCUUCACCGCUCCAGACUUACAUUACGGUGCUACCAAUGAUUUGGAAUGGUAUGAUCCUGAUGCAGUCACCACAGCUAACGGAACAUUACAGCUACGCAUGGAUGCAUUUAUGAAUCAUGACUUGUUCUACAGAUCAGGUAUGCUUCAAAGCUGGAACCAGUUCUGUUUCACUCAGGGAAAAAUCGUCAUGUCUGCAUUACUUCCAAAUUAUGGCAACUACAGUGGAUUAUGGCCAGGUUUAUGGACAAUGGGGAACUUGGGCCGUCCUGGGUACUUAGCCAGUACGGAAGGAAUCUGGCCAUAUUCAUACAAUUCGUGCGAUGCAGGAAUUACUGCAAACCAAUCUUCACCCGAUGGUAUCAGUUACCUUCCAGGACAACGAUUGAAUUCUUGUACAUGUCCUGGAGAAGAUCAUCCUAAUCCUGGUAUUGGAAGGGGGGCACCUGAAAUCGAUCUUAUUGAAGGUACAGUAAGUACUAACCCCACGGGUCCAGUAUAUGGAAUUGCAUCUCAAUCUUUACAAGUGGCACCGUUUGAUAUAUGGUAUAUUCCCGAUUAUAAUUUCGUAGAAAUUUAUAAUUCAUCUGUGACAACUAUGAACACUUAUGCUGGUGGUCCUUUCCAACAAGCGGUAUCUGCUACAACCACUUUAAAUGAAACUUGGUUUGAAUAUGGUGACGGUGCUAGAAAUUUCCAAAAGUAUGGAUUGGAAUAUCUUAACGAUGAUAAUGAUGGAUAUAUUCGCUGGUUUGUAGGCGAUGAACCAACAAUGACUAUGCUUGUGCAGGCACUACAUCCCAAUGGUAAUAUCGGACAACGACCAAUUAGUAAAGAACCAAUGUCGAUGGUGAUGAAUUUAGGCAUUUCAAAUAGCUGGACUUAUAUUCAAUGGACUAACUUGUUUUUCCCCGUGACUUUUAGAAUCGAUUAUGUUCGAGUUUAUCAACCCAAGGAUCAAAUUAAUGUUGGUUGCGAGCCAGCUGGAUACCCCACUCAAGAUUAUAUUAAUAGACAUGCCAAUAUUUAUAAUAAUGCAAACUUGACAUUGUUUGAAGAAGGCGGAUAUACAUUCCCCAAGAACCAACUAUUGGGAUGUUAA